AUGGCGGUAAAUCCUGAGUUAGCACCGUUUACCCUCUCGAGAGGAAUCCCCAGCUUGGAUGAUCAAGCCUUGAACACGAUCAUACAGCUUCAGGACUGCAUCCAGCAGGCCAUUCAGCAAUUGAACUACAGUACUGCAGAGUUUUUGGCCGAACUGCUCUAUGCCGAGUGCUCCAUUCUCGAUAAAUCGAGUGUUUACUGGUCUGAUGCGGUUUACCUAUAUGUGCUUUCGCUGUUUCUCAAUAAAAGCUACCACACUGCGUUCCAGAUCUCCAAGGAAUUCAAGGAGUAUCAUCUUGGUAUCGCUUACAUAUUCGGCCGUUGUGCUUUACAGCUUUCGCAGGGAGUGAACGAAGCAAUACUCACUCUCCUCUCAAUAACAAAUGUAUUUUCUUCGAACGGCAGUAGUACGCAUAUAAAUGCAGUGCUGAAUUCUAACCUCGUCCAUAUUCCUGAUCUGGCCACUUUGAACUGUCUAUUAGGUAAUCUUUAUAUGAAACUGGACCAUUCCAAGGAGGGAGCGUUUUAUCAUUCUGAAGCACUAGCUAUUAAUCCUUACCUCUGGGAAUCAUACGAAGCCAUUUGUAAAAUGAGAGCUACCGUGGAUCUCAAAAGGGUUUUUUUCGACAUCACAAGACAAAAAAGCAAUAGUCACAAUAACAAUGCAGCUUCGUCCUUUCAGUCUGCAUCAUUAUCUCAUUUCGAACCUCGUUCACAACCUAGCUUAUAUUCAAAAACAAACAAAACCAGCGGCAAUAAUAUUAAUAAUAAUGUGAAUACGCCGUUUCAGUCGUCUAAUUCUCCCCCCUCUACAUCAGCAUCUUCUUUUUCAUCCAUUCAGCAUUUCUCAAGGUCACAGCAACAGCAACAGGCAAACCCAUCGAUAAGGGCGUAUCAGAACAAAAAUAUUCAAACUCCUAAAAACUCUGCAACCAACAACAAGACAUCUUCUGCGCUCCCGAAUAACAUUUCCAUGAACUUAGCAUCUCCGUCCUCCAAACAACCUACAAUAAGCUCAUUGGCUAAAGUUUAUAACCGAAAUAAACUUCUAACAACACCACCAUCGAAACUGUUAAACAACGACAGGAACCACCAAAAUAAUAAUAAUAAUAAUAAUAAUAAUAAUAAUAAUAAUAAUAUCAUGAAUAAAACAACUUUCAAAACACCGAGAAAUCUAUAUUCCUCAACAGGCAGGUUAACCACUUCUAAGAAAAAUCCAAGGUCUUUAAUAAUCAGUAACUCGAUACUGACGAGCGAUUAUUCAAUUACGCUGCCUGAAAUUAUGUAUAAUUUUGCUUUAAUAUUAAGGUCAUCAUCACAAUACAAUUCGUUCAAAGCAAUAAGACUAUUCGAAUCUCAAAUUCCAUCUCACAUCAAAGAUACAAUGCCAUGGUGUUUGGUGCAGUUAGGAAAAUUGCAUUUCGAGAUCAUUAAUUAUGAUAUGUCAUUAAAGUAUUUCAAUAGGUUGAAAGACCUACAACCUGCAAGGGUAAAAGAUAUGGAAAUAUUUUCGACUCUGUUAUGGCACUUACAUGACAAGGUUAAAUCUUCUAAUUUAGCAAAUGGUCUAAUGGAUACAAUGCCUAACAAACCCGAAACUUGGUGCUGCAUAGGUAAUUUGCUAUCAUUGCAAAAAGAUCAUGAUGCUGCAAUAAAAGCCUUUGAAAAAGCCACUCAACUAGACCCAAAUUUUGCAUACGCAUAUACCUUGCAAGGUCAUGAGCAUUCCUCCAACGAUUCUUCGGAUUCUGCUAAGACAUGCUAUAGAAAGGCGCUAGCUUGUGAUCCUCAACAUUACAAUGCAUAUUACGGAUUGGGUACAAGCGCUAUGAAAUUAGGCCAAUAUGAAGAAGCAUUGUUAUAUUUUGAAAAGGCAAGAUCAAUUAAUCCCGUCAAUGUGGUGUUGAUCUGUUGUUGUGGUGGUUCUUUAGAAAAGCUGGGCUAUAAGGAAAAGGCUCUACAAUAUUAUGAACUAGCGUGUCAUUUGCAACCGACUUCUUCGCUAUCCAAGUAUAAGAUGGGUCAGUUACUCUAUUCUAUGACAAGGUAUAAUGUUGCUUUGCAAACUUUUGAAGAAUUGGUGAAGCUUGUUCCUGACGACGCGACAGCCCAUUAUUUGUUAGGUCAAACAUAUAGAAUAGUUGGGAGGAAAAAAGAUGCAAUAAAAGAACUAACUGUUGCUAUGAAUUUGGAUCCAAAAGGUAACCAAGUUAUCAUCGAUGAAUUACAAAAGUGUCAUAUGCAGGAAUAA